AUGGAUCGCGACCGGCGCGAUCGCGAUCGGUAUCGCGACUCCACUCGUUCCGCCUGGUACCCAGACCGACGGAACGACAGUCGCGAGCCCCGCAGACGGAACGACAGCCGCGAGCGUCGCCGGAACGACAGCCGCGAGCGACGGAAUGACCGCGACAGAAAUGUUCAUUGCCUGAGUGUGGAAUGGUCGGUGUCGGUUGCCAGCCCCAUGACCCAAGUCCCCAAGUCCUCGGUGAUGCCAAUAGGUCCCGGAGUCCUCGCCGCAGCCCGCGCCGGAGUCCUCGUAGAAGUCCUCGAAGAGAUGAUAGAUGGAAGGAAGCGCCGGGGGACUCAAGGAGGAUCCCCUGAAGUAGGUUCGCUGGUGAUCCAAGGGCCUCUGCGGACGAUCCGCGACACCUCCGAACAGGACCUGGUGAAGAUGGAAGCCGCAUGGAUGAGCGAUGGCCUUCAGGGUGUUGGGGUCCUCAAAAAGCCUGGGCCCAGAAAGGGGCCACCCUUGUGGGUCGAGGUGCAAAAGCUACAACCUGAGCUCUUCCGCAUUCGUGAGCCGCGAGUGCCCAACCGUCGGUGA